AAUUAACCGGUAUUAACUCUUUUUUUCCCUUCAUUAGUCUGAACCUUAUUACUUUUCUUCUUCAUCAUCAUCAGCAAAACCCGCGAAAAACCCUAGACGCCGAUUAUCAUGGAUCCUCAGCCUGAACCGGUUAGCUACAUUUGUGGAGAUUGUGGAAUGGAGAACACUUUAAAGCAAGGAGAUGUAAUCCAGUGCAGAGAGUGUGGUUAUCGUAUUCUUUACAAGAAGCGCACCCGCAGAAUUAUUCAGUACGAGGCACGCUAAGAGCAGAACAAAGCUGCAUAUCUGGCAUGUGGGGAGCAUCGUUUUGAAGCAUGUGAUUAAUGUCAAGCAAAUAUUAUAGUUUUCGGAAUUUUAAAAUCAUGUGUGCGACCACUUUAAUAUAAUUUGUUUGACAUGUAUGAAAGGUUAAUAGUUAGAACCUGUAUGCAGUUGUAGUGUUUAACAAAUCAGUCGAAUUUGCUCGAACUCGAAAGAAGAAUCCUAAUUGGUUUGGAGUAUCAUUGCAGGCUUA